GCAUUUUGGUCAUUUACAUUACUUCUUAGUAACACAAAGCUCUGCUAGCAUUGCUGCUGUUUUGCUACCAGUCUAUAUUAAUUUUAAUUCAUUCGAUUGAAGUACAAACGUUUUUAUUACCCCGCGUGUAAUUGAGCGAUAAUCAAACAAGCUGACGAGGGCGUAAACCAUUUAUCACUGGUGCUUUUUGGUCUCACCCACUGGCGUGAACGUCGCUAUGACCACAUACUCAACGAGGGAGGAGAAUCGGCAGCUGCGUUUGCUGCACUACAUUACCCACAAUCCCGCGCUAUGAACUGCAACAGCUAGGGAUGUUGCGAUAUGCUUGGCAGCCAGAGAACGCUGUGGUUGCAGAGAUCGGAGCAGAGGGCUGACCAAAAGAAAAAAAAACUCCGGCCGCUCUUUACUCAUUUUUAGGGACGUGUCACGUUUGGAGCUUUAUUCAAAAUCGUGUGUUUGACGAGAAUCUGUUAGCGAAGUAACCCCAAAAAUCAGUUAGAUCCUCAGCUGAUCUGAUUAAAUGGCUACCCGCGCGGAUACGUCCCACCGAACGACCGCACAGCUCUACUGAGGAUGGAAAUAUUGGUCGAGCGAGGCUGUUUUCCAGCGCACUCGAAGCCCCUCAACGUGAGAGGAUAACCGGUUAACCUUAAACACGAAAUGUCAUAGCGCGUGAGGAGCUAGCAGUUAGCUAGCUGCGACGAGGGAUGGAAGAGAACGCCGAUGUUUUCGUCGGAUAAAACGAGCUAAAUAGCUACAAAAAGGGAAUUGGCGUGCGUUACCCAGAGGAUGCUACUAUAGCCUCCCCGCUGGUAUCUAAUUAAAUUACAUAACAGCUAGGCGCAACCGUGUACGUCGUGCCAAUUUUCAUUUUGCCUCCAAAAAUCUAUGAUUUGGCGUCAGUGACACUUUUCGCAUUUGGAUGCUGCAAAUAGAAACAACGACAAAGCAUCCCCAGUAAGCCCCAAAUCUGUUAUCCUGUCGCUUUUGACGCCAUGAGGAAGUUUUUCGAUUCCCGUCGGGAAUUGGUCAGCUCCGGACCGGGUUCCGGAGGAGGUGGCAGCAGCUCCGGGUCCAGCCACGCCGGGGGGAACUUCAUCGGGCGAGCCUUCGCUGUGGGCCGCCACCAAGUCACCGUGGAGGAGAUCAUAGCCGAAGGUGGCUUUGCAAUCGUGUUCCUGGUGAAAACAAACCAGGGCGUGCGCUGCGCCCUCAAGAGGAUGUACGUCAACAAUGAGUACGACCUGCAGGUGUGCAAAUGCGAGAUUCAGAUCAUGAAGGACCUCGUGGGCCACAAGAAUAUUGUGGGCUAUCUGGACUCCAGCAUCACAGCCAUGGGGUCAAGGGACGUGUGGGAGGUCUUUAUACUGAUGGACUACUGCAAGGGCGGCCAGGUUGUUAAUUUGAUGAAUCAAAGGCUGCAGACGGGCUUCACAGAGACGGAGGUGCUUCAGAUCUUUUGCGACACCUGCGACGCCGUGUCUCGCCUGCACCAGCGCAAGACACCCAUCACCCACCGAGACCUUAAGGUGGAGAACAUCCUCCUGCACGACAAAGGUCAUUACGUGCUCUGCGACUUUGGCAGCGCCACUAACAAGUCCCUGAGUCCACAGACUGAAGGCGUGACCGCUGUGGAGGAAGAGAUUAAAAAAUACACCACUUUGUCAUAUCGCGCACCUGAGAUGGUGAACCUCUACAACAACAAAAUCAUCACCACCAAAGCGGAUAUCUGGGCGCUGGGCUGUUUGCUCUACAAGUUGUGCUUCUUCACUCUGCCCUUUGGUGAAAGCCAGGUGGCCAUAUGCGAUGGCAGUUUCACCAUUCCGGACAACUCCCGCUACUCUUACGAUCUUCACUGCCUCAUUCGCUACAUGCUGGAGCCUGACCCAGACAAAAGGCCAGAUAUCUACCAGGUGUCCUACUUUGCCUUCAAACUGGCGCAGCGUACUUGUCCUGUUCAGAAUCUGAAGAAUUCUGCAAUUCCUACCAAACUUCCCGAGCCAAUCAAAGCGAGCGAAGCUGCUGCAGCCAAGAAAAGUCAGGCCAAGCCCAGACUGACCGACCCGAUCCCAACCACUGAAACGUCCAUCACCCCUCGCCAGAGGCCCAAAGCAGCUCACACUCAGGCCACUGCCGGCAUCCUUCCCAUUCAGCCCGCUGCCCUUACCCCUCGCAAGCGGGCUAAUCUCUCCGGUGGGACAGCUCAGCCUGUUGGAGUCAGCUUGGACCUCUCGCAGCCAGCUGCGGCCCUGCAGUCGCAGAAGGCGCAGACCUGUGCUUUGCCUCUCAUCCAAUCACAAAACAACUCCAGCCAGGCUGCAGUGGCACAGAAGCAGCUUGCUCCAGCAGCGGAAGGCACAGCCGCUGCCGCCGUAGCGGCACCCGUUUCCAAAGCAGAUGUCCAAGCACAGCCGCCGUCGGCCCAGCAAAUGGCUCCGCCUGCGUCCGCGACUGCUGCCACCUCGCAGCAGGCGGCGCAGUGUCCGUCCAGUCCGGCCGCACCUCAGCGCCCCGCUCGGCGCAAGCUGCCCGUCCAGGCUCAGACGCCCGCAGCUCAGACGCCGCCCGGCAAAUCAGUCGCCGGUCACUCAGCUGCCGAGCAACCGCAGCAAACAAGUCCACCUUCGACCAUCCAGGCUCAGUUGCCUGCCACGGAAGUCAGGGAAAAAGCAGCCGAGACGACCCCUCCUGCUUCCCCAAAGACAGCAGAGGCGCAAAGCCACAAACGCGUCCCAAGUGACUUCACAGCGAGCACCACCAACGGAGCCAAUGAAGACUCCUCACAGGCAGCAGAAGAAGACACCGUCCAUCCUCAAGUUGGCUCCAUCCAGCCUCAUGGCGACCUCGUCCCGGACCAAAAGAACGUCCCCGCCUCCAGCGGCGACAUCACUGCCGCGCCUGUCUGGAACCCGUUCGACGACAAUGACGGCUUCUCUGGCUUUACCGCCGAUGAAGUCAAACCCAAGGACGCAAAGCCUAGCGACCCGCCCUCGGAGUGUGAAACGCCGUGCGGAGAGCUGAUACCAGGCUUGCAGGCUUCAGACGGAGAAAAUGCAGAACAAGACUCACAAGCUGAACCACCGUCAGCCAUCACUGACACUGAAUCGGGAGCAUUGCUGUUGGUCGUCCCAGAUCCAUUCCAUACACUUGAACUGUCCAAUGCGCCAGAGAAGCUCAUCGAGGGACUCAAAUCUCCAGACGUGUCUUCGCUCAUGCUUCCCGACCUGCUGUCUUUGUCUGAUCCUUUUGGCAGUUCUGUGGAAGACUCAGAGAAAGAUCACAUCAUGGCAGACGCCUCUCUCCUGGGCUGUUCUCUGAUAUCCGGUCCGUCGGCGCCUCCGGGAGCCGCAGGCAGCGCCGCCUCCUCGGCGUCCUCCGUCUCCGCUGCGUCUGCUUUGGACGAAUUUGGUCUGUUGUCUGGAGACUCCGCGCAGCCCAAAACAUCAGAUUCGUCACUCCUCAUCUCAGACUUCGAGCCGCAGCAAAGCAGCGCUGAGGCUGCCACGGAGGACGAGUUUGACCCCAUCCCCGUGACCGGCCGAAAGAACUCCCAAGUUUCAGGAGGCCACUCGCGCAGUAACAGUGGCGGCUCUGAAUCCAGCCUGCCCAGCUUGGCCCGCUCCCUUCUGCUGGUGGACCAGCUCAUCGACUUGUAGGCCGUACCCCGGCUACCCCCCAACCCCACACACCCGCCGCUAUUCCAUAGAUGCCGUAACACUGAAUUCCAGUCGAGCCAUGGCUCACUUACAGCUGCCAUUUUCAUUCUAGCGCGUGCUCCGUCCCUCGCCAUCCGCUCAUUUCCCAUCCCAUCCCUGCCCGGCCACUUAAGUGGCUUUGCCAACUCACCGUUCUCUCAUCUUUUUCCUCUCCAUCUCCAUAUCUUCACCCUUUGUCAAUCUUAACCCUUUGAAUAUUACAUGAUGUCUGAUAGCGAAAACAAUAGCUCAUUGUCGUCACGUACAAUAAGCCUCGUGCUAAGUGGUCGUAGUUCAUUGUGCACAAGUGACUUUGUCGUCGUUUGCCUUGAUCGGAUUCCCCUCACGGCCUGUUUUAUUUGUAUAUAUAUAUUUUUUAAGAGGUUAAAAUUCAUGUUUUUCCCUACACACAUAUCCAUGACAAGAGAGAAAUGGGAACUGUCAAUUUCUUUUGCCCUUCUAAAGAAUGAAUGAUAUGAAACCACCAUAUUUCCACAAAGGAGAAGCAAUAAAUUGUCAGAAGGCAACAUCGGAGAUCAAGUCUUCAGAACCGAGCCUUGUUUAGCACCUUAGCUUGUCUGUCAAGCAUCCAGACUGCAAGAAAAGUCACUUCUUUACAUCUGCAGCUUUAUAAUUGCAGCUGUCACUCCAACCAGGCACCCACUCAGCCCCCAGGGAGAUAGAAUUGAGAUUUUCUCAUCGUUACAGUUCACAAAAAAAAUGAAAGCCACGCCACAUUUUUUGCAAACAGGAAUUAAAAUACACAAUUUAAGAGUUUUGUGUUGUGAAAUUAUAACUUUAUUUCUCAAUUCAUUUUCAUUGUGGCUCUAAUAUUCAUUUUCCUAUUUAACUGACCUCAUGAAAUAGCCAUUUUGUUCUAUAAAAAUAUCGGUGACCUGUUGGAACAUGUUAUCCUUCCAGCUGCUUCGAAAUUAGCCAUAGCCACAUAUCCUGCAUUUGUAAAGCUCCCGGGGGGGAGGGAAAAAAAUUAACCUUUUAGUGUGCCAUCAAAUGAUAUGUGAACCACAGUGGAAAUGUGAAAAAAAAGACUACAAAAAAAUCCCUAGAUGCCGCUAUAGUCUGUGAUUAUCAUCUUUAGUUUCAAAAUUAGCAAUAGAUUGUUCGAAAACGGUCAAUGACAGUUGCAGCUUAUCUAAUAGCGGUUAGCAGUGUGCCAUAUCAACUCUAAGAUGCAUGUUUCUGCUUUUGCACCAGUGGGUGAAUAACCGUAGAAGCGUAGUGCAUAAAUGGGGCAACUAUUAAUAUUCAGGAGAUUUUCACACAUUCUCCUGAGAAUUUAGUAGGAAAUGAUUCAAAAAAAGGUUGGCACUGUAUUCUAUGUUUAAGACUGGACUGGUUUUCUUAUUUUUUUUUAUAUUAUACAGUAUAAUCCCCCCCAGUCUACAACAGUACUGUCCAAUGUGCGAGAUUGGGUAAACAUGCCGUUAUGACGCCUUUUUCGUUACCCUGACAACAGGGAGCGGCGCCAGACGUGACAAAGCGAAUGACUCGUUAGUGUUGCCGUUUGAAAUUUUUCGACCGGAAGUGACCUAUGUGAUCCCUGUAGUGACGACAGCUGCCCCCUACCCUUAAGAAUUCCACAAGCAACAAAUCUGACUUUUUGCGGCGAAAACUCUCCACAACAGGGGAUGGCCAGAUCGCCCUUCUGCGUCCAGACUAUAAAGGAAUGCGCUCACCCAAAACCACCGCUUGCUCAUUCAAAUUUCUCCAUGUCCCCUUUCGCAAAGUCUGUUUAAUCUCAAUGCGUCGUUGGACUUGACUUGGAAAUGCGGUGCCCAAAUUUUCUUGCAACAAUCCUACCAAAUGCUCGGGAGAACACGCCAGACAUUUAACACUUCUUCUCAUCCAUUCCCAUUUUCUUGAGCUCAUUCAAACGCAUUUCUGACAUCCCUCCCAAUUAGUGUAAAUACAGUAGUCAACCACUCCCCAUUGUACAGAAUGAAGUCACUGUCAUAUAGCUUUCCUGUUGAUAUAUACAUAUAUGAUAUAUAUGACUUUGUUUCCUGUCCAUAAAUGUUAAUAUGAAUAGAGUGGUAGAGAAUGAAUGUAAGAAAUGAAUAGUAGUCUCAAAAAUAUCUAGAAUGACAUAUAUCCGUCAGAUAAUAUUGAAAGAGUAUAUGAAUAUUUCAUUCCUCUUUGUGGAGUGUGUGCGUGUGUCUGUGUGGAUGGGGCCCGGGGUGCUGUUUUGUGUUUCUCUAAUAAUAUUAUAUGAUAUGUUAGCUGUGGGAAUCCUGUUCAGUCCCUGCUCCUCUUCCUUUGUACAAAACGUUUUCGUGUGUUUACAUGGACUGAUAUGAAGGACUAUAUUUGUAUUCCAAAACAAAACCGUUUUAUUGCCAGGUGGGGGGUAUUUUCUUUCUGUGUAUGCGUGUGCGUGCUUCUUGUUUCAUUUCAUCUGCCGAGCGGAAAAAAAAACAUGCUUUUUAGGGGGUAAUGUUUAGCUUCGCUUUGUCAAUUUUUGUUGUUUUGGAAAAGCAUGGCAGUGUCAUUGAGUCUUUGUGUUGGUGUCCUGUGAGUGUGUGUGUGAGUGUGUGCGUGUGUGAGUUCCGGUACCCGUGUUUCUGCAAAUAAUUUGUGGGUUACACUUCUGGAAGCACAGUGUUGUCUCAGGUGGAACACUACUCUGAGUCACAUGACUUUGUUGGUCAAAACGCACUCCAAGGGGGAAAAUGUCUGCAAGGCAAAGGUAGCAUUAUAUCUGGGGAACCAAACGGACACCGUGACAAUUCUAAAAACAUGUUAAAGCUUCAUCCCUCACCGACUUAUGUUUAGGGAAAUUCCCUCCCAGUAUGACUUUAUCAAAAUGUACACCCUGGGAUGAUCCCAAAAUGGCCGCUUCAAACCAAAAUGGCAGACAUUGUGUUCAAGAUCUUUGAGACGUUACUGUGAGUGUUACUAUGGACAUUUUGGGGGUCCCUUUAUGGACCACAGGCUGUACGUUACCCAAAGGUUGCGCUUUAUGGACGAAGGUAUUGGAACAUGUGGCCAUACGGAAAGCAGGCACAUAGUAGCAAUGUUUUGCUAACUGCAACCUUCUUGCUGAAUUAAGUCUGCACGCGCACAGGAUAGAAGACGGAAUAGUCCAUUCCAUGAGAAUGGAGGGGGGCGGGGGGGAGCUGUCAAAACGACCAUGAUCGUUUGAAUCAUUUUGACGUUUAUUCAAACAUGACAAAAAAAUGUUUCAAAUAGAAGACAACGGUCCGUUUUUAUGAGGGACUUGGCGCCGCAGGCCAUUGCCUUGUUUUCGCCUGCUUAGCCUCUGUCAAGAAGUCAAAAACAGAAAAAAAACCCCCAAAACUAUAUUUGGUCUCCUUAUGGCACUUGCGCCAAACUGUUCCCACAAAGUUGGAAGCAUAUCAUUCUCCACAAUGUCUCGGUAUUAGCUGAAGAACCAUUUUCCUCCAUAUUUGACAAAUGUAUUUCAAGAACUAAAAUGUCUUGUCCUGACUCAAGUUGUUCAAUCCAAACAGCAGAGACUUCUUUGUUGCCCUCCAUCUUGUCGAGAGUGCAGUCAUUUCGUAGUUUGAACCUAUGCAACUCCCGAGCUGGGCGCUAAAAGCACGUAAGCGACAAACAGGCAGUGCGAUCCACAUUGAAGUAGAAUCAGCUGAUGUUUUCCUCCAGCCUCCUUGCUUGUGUUCAUGGCCCACAAACCCACACCAAUCAGUGCUGUGCUAUCUUUUCUUGUGCUCCUUCUGUUUGUUGUGACAUCAUUCGAAAGGGAUGGCCAAAUAAAAUGCAAAUGUGAA